AUGGAAAUAGAUGAAUGUAAAGAUAAUGAAUAUCGAUGUCAUAAUGGUUUAUGUACACCAGAAGAAUUUUGGGAAAAUGAUUUUGGUGAUGCUGAUUGUCUUAAUCGAUCUGAUGAAUUUGCUAAUGUUUUAUAUCCAAAUAAUUGUUAUCGAGAUUCAAUAUCUCGUUGUGAAGAACACUUAUGUCGAACAAAUUGGUUUGAUUUUGUAUGUGGAGAUGAACAAUGUGUACAAACGUUUGAUAAAUGUCAUAAUAGACAUCAUCUUUUAUUAAUACAAUUAAUAUCAAAUUAA